AUGCCUGCAGCAGCAGCAGCAGGCGCAGCAGCAGCAGCAGCAGCAAGGGCCUGUGCUGCAGUCCCCUGCUCCCUCAGCUUUUUGCUGCGCGAAGGCGGAGAUGAUAUUGGCUGCAGCGACGAAUACACUUUGGAGCCCAUAGCCCUCACCAUGGCCCACUUCAUUCGUCCCCAGUGUUUGCCGCGGGGCUCUUUUGCUGCUCGCUGGGAAACCCUCGGAGAGGAGUUUGUGAUAAAGCUGUCGCUGCCAAUUGCUGGUGCUGCUGCUGCUGCUGCUGCUGCUGCAGUGGAUUUGCUGCUGGGGGCGCUGCACAUGGCUGCGUGCGAGGGCACGGACGCGGUCGCGCCCACCAGCAGCAGCAGCAGCAGCAGCAGCAGCAGCAGCCACGAGCUGCUGCUCGCAGGCACUUUCAUUGAGGGGCAGCUGCUGCUGGCCAAAGCUUUUUGUCUCUUUCCAGGAGACAGUUGUUUGCUGCGGCUUGCUGUCCGCAGCAGCGACGCAGCUCUUUGCGAAGCAGUCUGCGCGCUGCUGGAAUGA